AUGGCAAAAGUUUGUUGGCCAUACUUUGAUCCUGAGUAUGAAAACUUCAGCAACAGAAUCAACCCUCCAAGGGUCUCUAUGGACAAUGAUAGUUGCCAUGAUUGUACAUUGAUCAAGAUUGAUAGUGUGAAUAAACCUGGAAUUCUGCUGGAAGUCGUUCAAAUCCUAACCGACCUUGACUUCAUAAUCACCAAAGCUUACAUAUCUUCUGAUGGUGGAUGGUUUAUGGAUGUAUUUCAUGUCACGGACCAGCAAGGAAAGAAGAUAACAGACAUCAAAAUUAUCGACUUCAUUGAAAAGGCUCUAGGAGCAAAGGGCCGCAAGAGCACAGAAGGUGUGAAGAGUUGGUCAGGCAAACGAGUUGGCGUGCACUCCGUUGGUGAUCAUACAGCCAUUGAGCUCAUUGGUAAGGACCGCCCAGGUCUCUUGUCAGAGAUCUCAGCUGUCCUUGCAAGCCUCCAAUUCAAUGUGAUUGCAGCUGAAGUUUGGACUCAUAACAGGCGAAUAGCAUGUGUUCUUUAUGUUAAUGACGCUACAAACCAAGCAAUGGAUAAUGACUCAAAAAGAUUGUCUAUUAUUGAGGAGCAGCUCAACCACAUCCUACGUGGAUGUGAGGAUGAUGAGAAAGUGGCUCGGAGCAGUUUCUCCAUGGGUUUCACCUUCACCCACAUGGACAGAAGGCUCCACCAAAUGUUGUUUGCUGAUAGGGAUUAUGAGAGUGCCGGAGUAACCACAACAAAUGUUGAUUGUCCUCCCUCUUUCAGGCCAAAAAUCAGAAUAGAACGUAUUGAGGAAAAAGGCUACUCAGUCGUUAGUGUGAAAUGCAAAGAUCGGGCAAAGUUGAUGUUUGACAUUGUCUGCACUCUCACUGACAUGGAAUAUGUUGUUUUUCAUGCCUCAAUCUCAUCUGAAGGCCCUUAUGCAUCACAGGAGUAUUUCAUCAGGCACGUGGAUGGGUGCACACUUGACACUGAAGGGGAGAAAGAAAGGGUCGUCAAAUGCAUUGAAGCUGCUAUUCAAAGAAGAGUAAGCGAGGGUGUGAGCCUUGAGCUGUGUGCAAAAGAUAGAGUUGGUUUGCUGUCUGAAGUGACUAGGAUUCUACGAGAGAACGGCUUGACAGUUUGUAGGGCAGGUGUAUCAACCAUUGGAGAGAAAGGACUAAAUGUUUUCUAUGUGAGAGAUGCAUAUGGAAACCCUGUGGACAUGAACAUUAUCGAUGCACUGCGUAAAGAAAUUGGCCAGACUGUAAUGGUUAAUGUGAAGAAGGUACCGGCCAACACGAAAGCGCCAGAAACAUCUCGAGGAUGGGCUAGAGUAAGCUUCUUCUUUGGGAACUUGUUGGAAAGGUUCUUGAAUUAA